AUGUUUGAAAACACUGAAGGAUGGUGUACAAGUAUGGCAAUUUAUGUAUUGCCCAAAACGUAUCUUCAUACCCCUAGUCAUUGCAACUUUUUAAAAAUCGAAAAUCCGUUAAAUAUAUGUUGCUAUAUGUUACAUAUGAAACAGGUUUUUCCACUUGAUAAAGUAGAAAAGCUGUAUGAGUCAUUAAUGAUCUCUUGGAAGAUCACUCAAAAAAAAUUAGAUGAGAGGGAAAUGAUUCAUGUUGAUAUAAUUUAA